AUGGCUCAGCAUUACCACUUAUUCUCCCUCUUAGUACUUGCAUUUCUCAAUUUAUUUGCCAUUCGUGGAAGCAUAACUGGUGCCACUGCACGCCACCUUCUAGAGAUUCCCCUCCCUGAGAUUCCUAAACCAGAACUUCCGAAAGUUCCAACCUUGCCAAAGCCCGAGCUACCAAUUGUCCCAAAACCCGAGUUACCAGCUUUGUCAAAGCCUGAGCUACCAGCUGCCCCAAAGCCCAAGUUACCGACAUUGCCAAAGCCUGAAAUGCCAACUGUACCAAAACCCGAGCUUCCUGCUAUGCCGAAGCCUGAGAUUCCAGCAAUGCCGAAACCCGAGUUUCCUCCCUUGAAAAAGCCAGAAAUUCAAGCAGUGCCGAAGACUGAGGUUGCACCAACUAUGAAAAAGCCUGAAGUUCCAGCUGUGCCAAAGCCUGAGAUUCCGACUAUACCAAAGCCAGAAAUUCCAGAACUACCAAAACCAAAAGUCCCAGAGCUUCCAAAGGUAGAAGUCCCAGUUGUCCCAAAGCCUGAGAUCCCGGCUGUGCCAAAGCCGGAGAUUCCAGAACUACCAAAGCUAAAAGUCUCAGAGCUUCCAAAGCUAGAAGUCCCAGCUGUGCCAAAGCCUGAGAUCCCGGCUAUGCCAAAGCCGGAAAUUCCAGAAUUACCAAAGCCAAAAGUCCUAGAGCUUCCAAAGCUAGAAGUCUCAGUUGUGCCAAAGCCUGAGAUCCCGGCUAUGCCAAAGCCAGAAAUUCCAGAAUUACCAAAGCCAAAAGUCCAAGAGCUUCCAAAGCCAGCAGUCCCCGCUGUGCCAAAGCCUGAAAUCCCGGAAAUACCCAAACCAACUUUUCCUUCAUUUUCUCCACCACACAAACCCUCUACUCCUUGA